AUGUUGAUCAAAGAGACUCAUAAGGAUGUGGUGACGAAGGCGGAUGGAAAGGAGGGUUCCAUGAGGAUUUUCCUCUUCCACCCCACCAUACCACACUAUCCUAAUGCUCGUUUUCCUGGUGUUGUUCUCUUCAGUGAGAUUUACCAAGUCACUGGCCCAGUUGCAAGAUUCGCUCGUCAGAUUGCCGGUCAAGGCUAUAUAGUUGCAGCACCUUCAUCCUACCAUGAAUUCACAGGACCUGAACCACUGGCUUAUGAUGUUCCUGGCACAGAUGCUGGGAACAAGUAUAAGAUUAAGAAGACGUUAGCAGGCUACGAUGAAGACUCAACGCUCUCCAUCGACUACCUCCUCUCCCUCAAGACCUGCAACGGACGCAUCGGCACAACAGGCAUGUGUUUAGGAGGCCACCUCGCAUAUCGCUGUGCAUUAGACCCUCGUGUCUCAGCAGCAGUAACAUACUUUGCAACAGAUCUGCACAGUGCGACUCUCGGACUCGGCAUGAAAGACGACAGUCUAGCUCGCGCAAGCGAGAUCAAAGGAGAGCUUGCCAUGAUCCAUGGAACUCUAGACAAUCAUGUACCACCCGAGGGUCGUGAUCUUAUCAGGAAGACUUUGAGAGAGAAGGGCGUCAUCUUCAGCUGGUAUGAGGUUGCUGGUGCUCAGCACGCGUUUAUUCGGGACGAGCUCUCCAAGGGAAGAUACGAUCCAGCAAUCACCAAGAUAUGCUUCGAGAUAUUACUAGAGCUGUUUGGACGCACACUGAAGCUAGAUCUCGGUGCUCAUGACGGAGUCGAGCAGCAGAUCGAGAACAUUUGCUGA